AUGGUCGGCCCAGAGUUGCGCGAGGAAGAACGAGACAGCGACGAACUAUUGCUGGGGGUGCCAUUGGAAGCAAGCAGCGAGGAAGUGGUGACUGGGGCUGGGGAAGGUCUACUCGUACUGGGAAUAUCUGAAGCUGGAUUCUGGUGUCGGUCGGUGGCCAUGGCCGUGACCCAGAUGAUCGGCAUGGUUUUCCAUCAUUUCGAUAAUGCGGACCGGCUGGAUUUCAGACGCCUUCGCGGUGUAGAAGCCGCGUACCCGAGCUUCGAUAUUCCGAAGGAGACUUUGAGCCGAAAGGACUCCGCGUCAAGGGGUCGGAGGAGUCCUGGUGUAUAA